AUGUGGGUGGGCUGGUUUGACUUCGGUCUGCAGACAACAUUGGGCACUUUCUUUCUGGCAAUGCUUGAGCAGUUUGGUGAAAACCGUACUCAAACGGCCAGUGUACAGUCUAUGUUUAUUGGCGUCAACCAAGGUUUAGGUGUUUUUGCUGGUAUUCUUAUAACGAAAUUCGGAAUUACAAAAGUAUCUCUAACUGGAUCAAUUCUCGUUCCCUUGGGAUUUUUUCUGUCGUACUUUUCUUCUUCAUUAGUACAUGUCAGUGUCUGUAUUGGCUUUCUCUCUGCUGUAGGUGUUUCUUUGAUGUUUGUCAGCAGUGUUGUUAUGCUCAGUCGCGUGUUUCCCCAAAGACAGCUUCCCAUGGCAAUAGCGCUUCAUUCUGCGUCCAUAAGCUUUGCGGGACUGACUUAUCCGUUUAUUUUGGACUCUAUUCUAGGCACUUUUGACCUCCACGGUUCAUUCCUUAUAUUAAGUGCAUAUCUAUUCCAUAAUGUUGCUGUUAGUAUAUUCUUUUCGAAAACAGUAGCAAAUAUGGAAAGCGAGGACAAACGUAAAUUAAGGAACAAGAAUAAAAAACGUGAAAAAGCUGGAAAUAAUUACGAACGAAAUCAAGCCUUUCAAGAUGAAGAUUCAUCGGAGACAGUAUUAGAAAAUAAUCAAAGCAGUAGUAAUUCUGAUGAUUAUUCCAUAUCAAGUCCGAAAAAUACUGUCAACGGAAGUUUUACCGAUACUGGAACAUUCGAAGGAGAUUGCGAAAACCGAAAUGCAACUGUUUCAAUUAAACAUGCCACCCUUAACAAAACAAGUGUUAGAGAAACUGACAAAUUAGAUUCAGUAGAAAGCUGUGAAAGACAAAAGAUUGAAAUGCGUAAUUCGAUCUCCCUAAAACUUCGUCAGUACGUAUCUGGCCUUUUCUCUGUCCCGUUUCUGACUAUACUCAUUGCUACUGGCAUUGUUAUUGCCUCACAAAACGGAUAUGUUUCACUGCUGACAGACAUUUUCGAAUCGAAAGGAUACAAAAAGGACCAAGGCUUAAGAUCUUUUCUGAUGCUUAACCUUAGCUGUCUGGUAGCGCGGUUACUCCCAGCAUUUUUAAGACAAGUGCAAGGUGUUAAUCUGCUUAUCGUAGCAAUAGUGUUCUCUGUGUGUGGAUGCAUUGGGCAGGUGAUGAUUUUGUUUUCAACUAAUUACAUCUUGAUGAUGACUGGCGUUGGUCUGACGGGAAUUCAAAUGGGUGGUGUCAUUUCGGUGGCAUCCAUUUUUGUGGCGAAACUUGUUGGAGAGAAGACGUUUCCAGUGGCAUUUGGACUCAUCUUAACUGUUACUGGCAUACUUGCAUCAUCUUGUGGACCUGCUUAUGGUGCUGUUCGAGAUUUCUCUGACAGUUAUUCGCCAGUGUUACUGACAGGUGCUUGCGUUCAGCUAACUGGCUCAAUGUUGUUUCUGUUUGCACUGUUUUCUGGUAAAAAGAAAUUUGAAUCAGUCGUACCUAGAGCACAUAUCGUGACAUACUUGGCAGCUGCUACAACCAUAACAACAAGAAACAUAAUGUUACAUUACGCAGUAUAA